GUACGAAGGGGAAUGCGAGAAAGGACAGAGAGGAGAGAACAGAGAGAACGGAGAGAGGAGAGAGAGGAGAGAGAGGAGAGAAAGGAGAGCAAGGAGAGAGAGGAGAGAGAGGAGAGAGAGGAUAGAGGGGAGAGAGAGGAGAGAAAGGAGAGAAAGGAGAGGAAGGAGAGAAAGGAGAGGGAGGAGAGAAAGGAGAUGGAGGAGAGAAAGGAGAGAGAGGAGAGAAAGGAGAGUGAGAAGAGAAAGGAGAGAGAGGAGAGAAAGGAGAGGGAGGCGAGAAUGGAGAGGGAGGAAGGAAGGGAGAGGGAGGAGAGAGAGGAGAGAAAGGAGAGAGAUGAGAGAAAGGGGAGAAAGGAGAGAGAGAAGAGAAAGGAGAGAGAGGAGAGGGAGGACAGGGAGGAGAGAAAGGAGAGGGAAGAGAGAAAAGAGAGGGAGGAGAGAAAGGAGAGGCAGGAGAGAAAGGAGAGGCAGGAGAGAAAGGAGAGAGAGGAGAUAAAGGAGAGAAAGGAGAGGGAGGAGAGAAAGGAGAGAGAGGAGAGAAAGGAGAGAAAGGAGAGGGAGGAAAGAAAGGAGAGGGAGGAGGGAAAGGAGAGGAAGGAGAGAGAGGAGAGAGAGGAGAGAGAGGAUAGAGAGGAGAGAGAGGAAUCGAGUGCCCCAAAUCGAGGAUAGAAACGCAGAUUACCCCCCAGGUGCUAUUGCAUUGGCUAAGAACCCCGUUCUUCAUGGCCUUACCAAGCACAUGAAGGUGAAGUGGCAUUGGGUGAGGAGCAUGGUAACCGCGGGUGAAGUGGAGUUGCACUAUGUGAAGACGACGGCGCAGCCUGCUGAUAUGAUGACCAAGAGGCUGGUUGAGCAGCAGCAUUGGAAGUGUUGCAAGCUUGCUGGGAUGGCUCUGAACUA